AUGGAUAAAGACUGGGCUAGCCUUUCAGUAGGCAUAGAAGAGCCUUCUGCACCUACAACAGGAAAGUGGACACAAUUCUCCGACCUUCCCGUAGCAACCAUGUUCGAUGACCACACUUCCCCCACUUUACUGCGCACACAAUAUAGCGCCGACCCAGGAGAGAGAGCUAGAAACACCGAGAUAAUGAGGAAAUGGGUUGACCCCUGGGAUGCAGAAAAGUGGUGGCAGUUCUCGACAAUGGGGAUCUCUUUCACUUUGGCUCAGAGUGGCAGCGAAUGUACGAGAUUCUUCCUGAAAUCGCGGGCUCACUUCAACCCGACAUCGAUGAUAGAUUAA